AUGAAUCAGAACCCACGCAACAGCAGCGUGCUUGAGAUUUUUCCUCUUUUUUUUUGGUAUGACCACUACAGUUGGCGCCGAACCCCCAGCAGCCCCUGCUUCCAUUUCCUGGAACACAGGACCACUAACAGCCCUGAUUAUGCGUAUGACUACCCGACAGAUCACAUAGAUCCCGUGGAUGGUACGCCUGCCCCCCCGGAGAUCCAGACUCUGGACAUGAUUGCUCUUGUCAUCUUCACUCUCGUCUUCCUGGUGGGAGUGCCAGGCAAUGCCUUGGUGGUCUGGGUGACAGGGUCCGAGGCCAGGCGGACCAUCAAUGCCAUCUGGUUUCUCAACCUGGCAGUGGCUGACCUCCUCUCCUGUCUGGCAUUACCCAUCCUGUUUACCUCGAUCGUUCUGCACAACCAUUGGCCCUUUGGUGAGGCUGCCUGCCAUAUCCUGCCCUCCCUCAUCUUGCUCAACAUGUACGCCAGCAUCUUGCUCCUGGCCACCAUCAGUGCCGACCGCUUUCUGCUGGUGUUCAAUCCCAUCUGGUGUCAGAACUACCGAGGGGCUCGUCUGGCCUGGAUGGCUUGUGGAGUGGCCUGGGUCCUGGCCCUGCUGCUGACCAUCCCUUCUUUCCUGUACCGGUCAGCACAGGAGGAUCAUUUUCCACCCAGGACCGUGUGUGGUCUCAACUAUAGUAAAAAUAAACAUAAGGAGGUGACGGUGGCCAGCACACGGUUAAUAGUGGGUUUCUUAUGGCCCCUGAUCACCCUCUCGAUCUGCUACACCUUUCUCCUCCUGCGCACAUGGAGCCGCAAGGCCACACGCUCCAUGAAGACCCUCAAGGUGGUGGUGGCUGUGGUCAGCAGCUUCUUUAUCUUCUGGCUGCCCUAUCAGGUCAUCGGCAUGAUAAUGGCCUUGAACAGCAAUGACUCAGAUACUUUCAAAUUUGCGAGGAAGAUAGAUGCAUUGAGUGUCUCCUUGGCUUAUGUCAACUGCUGCAUCAACCCCAUCAUCUAUGUGGCCGCUGGGAGGGGUUUCCAGACCCUGUGCCGUAAAUCCUUCCGUUCCAUGCUCAAGAAUGUUUUGACAGAGGAGUCCGUGUGCAGGGAGAGCAAGUCCUACACACAGAGCUCCACGGUGAACACUGUGACAGAAAAGACCGAGACAGUGUAA